AAUGAAGCAGCAGCCGUCGGCGCCGCCUCCGCCGCCGUCGCCCGCCGCCAGCGCGGGGGUCCCGGCCUUCCUCAGCAAGCUGUGGGCGCUGGUCGGGGAGGCCCCCAGCAACCAGCUCAUCACGUGGAGCCAGAAUGGCCAGAGUUUUCUGGUAUUGGAUGAACAAAGAUUUGCAAAGGAGAUCCUUCCCAAGUACUUUAAGCACAACAACAUGGCAAGCUUUGUGAGACAGCUAAAUAUGUAUGGUUUUCGCAAAGUUGUUCAUGUUGAUUCUGGCAUUGUGAAAUUGGAACGGGAUGGCCCAGUAGAGUUCCAGCAUCCGUAUUUUAAGCAAGGCCGGGAGGACUUGUUGGAACACAUUAAAAGAAAGGUUUCUUCGUCAAGACCUGAAGAAAACAAAAUUCGCCAGGAGGAUCUUUCCAAAAUCAUAAGCAGUGCUCAAAAAGUGCAAAUCAAACAAGAGACUAUUGAAUCCAGACUCUCUGCCUUAAAGCGGGAAAAUGAAAAUCUUUGGAGAGAAGUAGCAGAACUGAGAGCAAAACACUUGCAGCAACAACAGGUUAUUCGGAAGAUUGUACAGUUUAUUGUCACUCUGGUGCAGAAUAACCAGUUAGUGAGUCUAAAGCGAAAGAGGCCACUACUUUUGAAUACCAAUGGAGCUCCAAAGUCAAACCUGUUUCAGCAGAUUGUUAAAGAACCAGCUGACGAUGCCCAUCACGUACCACUCAACAGAACUGAGGGCUUAAAACAAAGGGAACAGAUUUCAGAUGACAUAAUUAUUUAUGAUGUCACUGAGGACAUUGGUGAUGAAGAAAAUGCCAUGGGUGAUGAAGAAAAUGCUCCAAUUACUCCUGAAUCAAACGAAGAUGCCACUUCUGACUCUUCCAACUGUAGUCAUUCUCCUGAUAUUGUAAUAGUAGAAGAUGAUAAUGAGGACGAUUAUGCCCCUGUAAUUCAAGGAGAUAAAAAUACAGAACCAGUCACUAUCCCAGUCAACGAUCCUCUUAGUCCUGUCAGUGACAGUACAAACCCACUCAUGUCAAGUGCUGUCCAGCUGAAUAACCAGUCAACUCUAACUGCAGAAGACCCAGUGUCAAUGAUGGAUUCCAUUCUCAGUGAGAAUGGAGUAAUUUCACAGAAUAUCAACCUUCUUGGAAAAGUUGAACUCUUGGAUUAUCUUGACAGUAUUGACUGCAGUUUAGAAGACUUCCAAGCCAUGCUGUCAGGACGACAGUUCAGCAUAGAUCCAGAUCUUCUGGUUGAUCUUUUUACAAGCUCCGUGCAGAUGAAUCCCACAGAUCAUAUCAGUAAUGCUAAAUUGGAGACCAAGGGAAUAGAAACUACGAAGAGCAAUGGAGCACCACCUGCUUCACAAGAUGCACAAAGUUCUAAGCCCAAAUCAGAUAAACAGCUCAUUCAGUAUACAGCCUUCCCACUUCUUGCAUUCUUUGAUGGGAAUCCAGGCUCAGCUGUUGAAAGUGGGACCUCUGCAGCUGAAUCCAUGUCUUCUGUUGAUAAAGAAGUGGACGAGCUUCUGGAGAGCAGUCUGGACCCUGAACCAACUCAAAGCAAAUUAGUAAGGCUGGAACCCCUGACAGAGGCAGAAGCAAGUGAAGCCACACUGUUUUAUUUAUGUGAACUUGCUCCAGCACCAAUGGACACAGAUAUGCCAUUUUUGGAUAACUAACAUAAUGGAUGUUCUGUAUAUAUUCAUCAAGAUGGAACUAUUUAUUUAGAGUAUGGUUUGGUAUCUUUUUGAAUUUUUGUAAGUCACUUUUGUUUCAAAUUCCACAGUUCCUGUUUACGCAAGGAAUCUUCCCCCUACACAAAAAAUGGUAUUUAAAGAGCUGUUUAACUGGCUUUGUAGCUAUCUAAGCUGUCCAGCAGUUCGCAUACAAGACAUCAGACCAAGUCUAUCCUCCUUUAUUGUUGUCAGAUACUUGGUAUUAGGUGUAUAUAAAAAUAUCCCACAUAAUCAAACAUUGUGUCAGUAGUAAAGCUUUGUUUUAUGUUCUCAUACUUUCGGUUCUAUGUAUGAUCGAGUGAAUCAGUAAUGAUCAGCUAAGAGAUCAAUAGUAUUCUGAAUGUUUUCUUUCUAUACCUGGGUUUGUUGUUGUUGUUUUUUACUUCUGUUUAAAUAAAUAACUUCAACUUUUGGGGGGGGACCAGGA